CGCCAUAGAACCUCUGCGGCCCUCCGCCCAAUGCCCAAAUCGAAGCGCGCGCAGAAGGUGACCCUCUCGAAGACGGUGAGCAAGGGCCGGGAGCGCAAGGUCGCCAUCAUUGACGAGGUGCGGGACUGCGUCGACCGGUACAAGUCGGUGCUCGUGUUCGAGGCCAACAACAUGCGGAACGCGGCGCUCAAGGACGUGCGCGUAAGGCUGCGGUCCAGCCGCAUCUUCUUUGGCCGCAACAAGCUGAUCGCCGCUGCGCUCGGCCGGACGGCUGCGGACGCGUACCGCGCCGGCCUGGACGAGGUCGCCGACGGCUUGCUCGGCGGCGAGGCUGGGCUCAUCUUCACAGACGAGUCGCUCGAGGCGGUGCAGCAGGCUCUGGCCGAGUCUCGGGUGCCCGAGUACGCGCGCGCGGGCUUUGAGGCGACGGAGGACGUCGUCUUGCCGCAGGGCGUGCUCAGCCAGUUUGCGGGCUCGAUGGAGCCGUACCUGCGCAAGCUGGGGCUGCCGACCAAGCUGCAGGCGGGCGCGGUGCAGCUGCUGUGCGACUACACGGUGUGCAAGGCGGGGGACGUGGUCAGCUCGGACCAGGCCAAGCUGAUGCAGCUGCUCGACGUCAAGCAGGCCCUGUUUGAGCUGACGCUCACCUGCCGCUGGAGCGAGGGGCAGUUCCAAAGGCUCGCGGCCUGAACUCUUCAUGGCUCAGGGCACCAGUGCGUCCGGUCCCGUGCCGCUUGCGUCCGGUGCGCCCGGGCAACUGGCCGAGAGCGGCUUAUGUCUUGCCCUUGCGUGGGCUCAGCCCCUGUGUGGGGCGAGGGCCCUCUGGGGCGAGGCCUCUGCGCGCGACCGCGAGCUCCUGCACCGGCGGAGUGCACUCGACGGCGGUGCGGUGUGAGCGCCGUCGUCUCCCGGACGCGUAUAAAUGUGUGAUAUCCGUUUUAGCCUCCGUGUGGCACGUGCCACUCACUGCCACGCCUCGGCGAGAGCCGGCUAACCUCGG